AUGUCAGAGGUGGAAGGGACCCUAGAACAGAGAAUAUCGGAGGUGGAAGGGACCCUAGAACAGAGAAUAUCGGAGGUGGAAGGGAUCCUAGAACAGAGAAUAUUGGAGGUGGAAGGGACCUUAGUACAGAGAAUGUUGGAGGUGGAAGGGACCUUAGUACAGAGAAUGUUGGAGGUGGAAGGGACCUUAGAACAAAGAAUAUUGGAGGUGGAAGGGACCUUAGUACAGAGAAUAUCGGAGGUGGAAGAGACCUUAGUACAGAGAAUGUCAGAGGUGGAAGGGACCCUAGAACAGAGAAUAUCGGAGGUGGAAGGGACCCUAGAACAGAGAAUAUCGGAGGUGGAAGGGACCUUAGUACAGAGAAUAUUGGAGGUGGAAGGGACCUUAGUACAGAGAAUGUUGGAGGUGGAAGGGACCUUAGUACAGAGAAUGUUGGAGGUGGAAGGGACCUUAGAACAAAGAAUAUUGGAGGUGGAAGGGACCUUAGUACAGAGAAUAUCGGAGGUGGAAGGGACCUUAGUACAGAGAAUAUCGGAGGUGGAAGGGACCCUGGAACAGAGAAUAUCGGAGGUGGAAGGGACCCUAGAACAGAGAAUAUCGGAGGUGGAAGGGACCUUAGAACAGAGAAUGUUGGAGAUGGAAGGGACCUUAGUACAGAGAAUGUUGGAGGUGGAAGGGACCUUAGAACAAAGAAUAUUGGAGGUGGAAGGGACCCUAGAACAGAGAAUGUCAGAGGUGGAAGGGACCCUGGAACAGAGAAUAUCGGAGGUGGAAGGGACCUUAGAACAGAGAAUGUUGGAGAUGGAAGGGACCUUAGUACAGAGAAUGUUGGAGGUGGAAGGGACCUUAGAACAAAGAAUAUUGGAGGUGGAAGGGACCUUAGUACAGAGAAUAUCGGAGGUGGAAGGGACCUUAGUACAGAGAAUGUCGGAGGUGGAAGGGACCCUGGAACAGAGAAUAUUGGAGGUGGAAGGGACCUUAGAACAAAGAAUAUUGGAGGUGGAAGGGACCUUAGUACAGAGAAUAUCGGAGGUGGAAGGGACCCUGGAACAGAGAAUAUCGGAGGUGGAAGGGACCCUGGAACAGAAUAUCGGAGGUGGAAGGGACCCUGGAACAGAAUAUCGGAGGCGGAAGGGACCCUAGAACAGA